AUGGAAUCUCUGAACAGUGGGUCUUUGCAAAGCGUUAAUUUGGAUGAGUCGUUAACAAAGCAGACUAGGAGUGCUACGCGUGCAAAAAGAGAGAGUAGUAGCGGGAGUGAAACGUCCAAACUUGGCGACAAAGUCAAGACUCCUGAACCUAUGGUUGUACUGCAAAGGAUUGACUUGAAGGAUACACUAUGUGUAACGUCAACGUUAGGAAAGGGUGAUUUUCACCGAGUUCAGGCGUCUUCUGUGUCUGGUGGCAUCGUGGAAUCUACCGUAGACCAUGCCGUUGGGACUGUGGACCCAACAGGGGAGGGAAAUAAGGAUAUGUUCGCUGCUUCUGCUCCUGCCCCAAUGGACAUUACUACUAGGGUUCUGGAAUCGUAUGCUUCUAAGAGAAGACUUGGUUCCUCAAGCUCAGAGGGAGAAAGCAGUGGAUUCUCUUUUGAUAGUAAAGGGAAACCUAAGGCCCCAAGAAAAAACAAUAAGAAGAGGAAACAGAAAACAUCUGUAAGUUCGGGACCUGAACAUGUGGGAGAUGGAUUUAAUGCUGGCUCUGAUGGUUCCGGCAUGUCGGAUGGUUCGAGAGUCAGUAACCUAUCCGGAGACGAAGAUAACGGAAAGACGAAGUUUAUAAAGAGGGGUGUUGAUAAGGAACUUGGACACCUGGACCACGAAGCUCAGGCCGAAAAGCAUAUUAAAGAUAUCGUGGAAUGUGUUAAGAAGUCCAGGAACUUGAAAGGGACGGUACAAAAAAGUCUCAAAGAAUCGGCUCAAAAGGUUAUGGACAUUGUAAGUCUUCUUGCAGGAAGAGACGAGAGAAGAGGACCCUGGUCGAGGGUAAGAAGGCAAAGAAGAAGAAGGGUAAAAAGGCCAAAAAAGAUGCUGCAAAUGCCUCCGUGAAGCGAAUGACAGCGUCUCCCCCUCUUCCUCCUCCUGACCCUCCUAGGCAAAAGGGUAAUAACAACAAGGGGGCAAACCAGACUGCUAAACAGUCCAGUAAACCAAAAAGCGCGAGAAUGAAAAAGCCGAAGCUUUCGCAACCCCGCACUACGGCUGUUGUCAUUACCCUCUCGGAGGAAUCUGUCGAAAAAGGAAUGACCUACUCGCAAAUAGUGAGACAAGCGAGGAAGGACAUAAAGUUGGGAGAUCUCGGCAUUCCGGGCAUCAAAAUACGCCCCACUGCCACGGGCGCCCGCAAAUUUGAAAUUCCCGGAGCCUCUAGUAAUGAACAGGUAGAUUUACUGGCAGAAAAGAUGAGGGAGCUAUACCAGGAACACAUAAGUGUCGCUAGACCCACAAAGACUGCAGAUCUCCGCAUUGUGGGCAUAGAUGAUUCGGUCGAUAGAGAGGAAGUGGCGGAGGCAGUUUCUAAGAUAGGAGGUUGCCCCCUGACACAAGUGAAAGUCGGCAAAAUCAGUCUCGGCAGAAACGGCCUAGGUGCAGUCGUUGUAAAAUGCCCAGUGGCGGCUGCGGAAACGAUUAUGUCAAAGGGCAAAUUGUUGGUGGGGUGGACCUCAGCGUCUGUGCAACACCUGGCCCCUUUACCCAUGCGUUGUUUCAAAUGCAUGGGUACGGGACACACCAAGAAGCUCUGCCCUAGCACAGCAGACUACAAAGGAGUCUGCUAUAGGUGUGGCGACACAGACCAUAAGGCUGCCGAAUGCGACAAAGAUCCGUCGUGUUCGGUAUGCAAAAAGGCUGGUCUUAAAUCGGACCAUAUCAUGGGAAGUGGGAAAUGUAAACCUCCUGUUAUUGCCAAAUCAAAAAAGGCCCCCAAGACCCAGGCCAAUAAGGCAAUAGCCAUGGAGACAAUUACUACCCUGGAGGAGGCUGAAAUGUCAACGUAAUGUUCCGUAGACCCAUCAGCUUCCUCCAAGGUAAUUUUUUUUUUUUUUUUCAUUUAUUUAAGGCUACAAACAGUCAUAUACAUAGAAAAAUAAUUAUUGUAAAUUGUUGAAGUUAUAAUAGACCUAUAGUGCCUAUAAAAUGUAACAAUAAUAUAAUAUGAGCUCCCAUGUUUGUCAAAUUCAAACGUUACAAUUUUGUUUCAUAAAUUGGAGAGUACAACAACAUUAGGAGGACAUUACCAUAUAUAAAAAUAUGCAAUGUUAAUACUUAUGUACUUAAGUUAACAAUAUUGGACAAAAAGAAUAAACAAAGCAAAAAAAGGAACAUAUUGUGUAAUAGCCCGGCAAGGCUAUUUAGUGCUUAACAACUUCUGAAAAGUGAUACUAAUACCAUUUUUUCAAUGCACAUAUAACACACACACAUACACAUACACAUACACACAAAUAUUAAUGCAUAUGGAAUAAGGGUUGUUUGAUAUAAUUUUAAAUUAAUUACUAGUUAGAAUUUCCGAAAGAAUGCAUUUCAAUUUCUGUAACGAUAUAUUAAAGAUGUCUAUAUGGGUGAAAUCUUGGUUGUAAGUAUUAGUGGAACGGUAAAGAAAUGAGUUGCGCGUAUAGUUUCUACGGUAUCGCAGAGGAACAAAAAGUGGUUUUAAGCGUGAGGAGCACAUUGGAAGUCGAACAUGAGAAAUAAAGGAAAUGUUACUGAGUAAUGACGGAGAGUCAACAAGGUUAUUUAGAAUUUUAUAGAGAAAUAUCAUAUCAAACUUUUUACGCCUGUUGCAGAGAGACAUCAAAUUGUGUCUAUGAAGAGAAGAUGGGUAUGUUUCGACUAACUUAUUUUGGCGGUAAUUUAUGGAUUUGAGGAACUUUUUCUGGACCUUCUCAAUUCUGUUAAUGUGAAUUUGGUAACAUGGAUUCCAUACAGGACUGCAAAAAUCCAAAA